CUUUUGUUCCGUGUCGUUUCCCCUUGAAACUUUUUCAUUCGUCGACCUCAGCAAGCAAGAUGGUGUCCCUACCAGCAGCGAAGCAGAAUAUUUCUCCUCUUAUAAGGUUUGCUCGGUGGUCGGCUCUCCUCACUGGAGUGGCGUAUGGAGCUUGGAGAUACAGCUACUUGGCCAAGCGGGAAGUCGGAAUCCAGCAGCAUGAGAAUGAAAUUAAAGAAAAGUACAAGCAAAGGAUGGCUGUCGUCAAAGUAGAGAAAGAAAAUG